AUGUCCCAGGAAGCCGUCCAUCUCAAAAGCAAGGGCAACAAGGCCUUCUCUUCCGGAGACUACCCUUCAGCCGUCGACUACUACUCCCAGGCCAUCAAGCUGAACGACAAGGAACCCACCUUCUUCACCAACCGAGCCCAAGCCUAUAUCAAGACCGAAGCAUACGGGUAUGCUAUUGCGGAUGCUGGCAAAGCCUUGGAUCUCGAUCCCAACCUGGUCAAGGCGUACUAUCGACGUGGCCUCGCGCGAGCCGCCAUUCUCAAGCCCAAGGAGGCACUCAAUGACUUCAAAGAAUGUGUCAGAUUGGAUCCGAACAACAAGGAUGCUAGACUCAAGCUGGAGGAAUGCAAGAAGAUUGUGCGCCAGCUCGCCUUCUUCGCCGCCAUCGAGGUUGGUGAUGAGCCCUCCGCGGCCGAGGGACUUGAUCUCGAUUCCAUGGUUGUAGAGCCCGACUACGACGGCGUGCGUCUCCAAGACGAAAUGACCCAGGACUUCAUCGACGACAUGAUGGAGCGAUUCAAGAACGGCAAAAAAAUCCACCGCAAGUACGUCUACCAAAUCAUCCUUGCGGUCAAGAGCAUUGUCUACGAGGAGGCUACCAUGGUGGAAAUGGAAAUCCCUGACCAUGUCGAGUUGACUGUUUGCGGAGACACUCACGGCCAAUACUUUGAUCUGAUGGAACUGUUUCGCCGAAACGGCGCCCCCAACGAGAAGCACUGGUACCUCUUCAACGGCGACUUUGUCGACCGAGGCUCAUGGUCGACCGAAAUUGCCCUCCUGCUGUAUGCCUUCAAGUGGCUGAGACCAAAGGGCUUCUUCCUGAACCGUGGCAACCAUGAAACGGACGACAUGAACCGCGUGUACGGAUUCGAAGGAGAAUGCAAAGCCAAGUACAACGAGAGAGUCUUCAAGCUCUUCUCCGAGAGUUUCUCGGCUCUGCCGCUGGCCACACUUAUUGGCAACAAGUAUCUCGUCCUGCACGGCGGCCUCUUUUCCGACGACAGCGUAACCUUGGAUGACAUUCGCCAGUUGAAUCGUCAUAAACAAAGACAACCUGGGCAAUCCGGUCUCAUGAUGGAGAUGCUGUGGGCUGAUCCUCAAGAAGAGCCUGGCCGAGGCCCUAGCAAACGAGGUGUCGGCAUGCAGUUCGGCCCCGACAUUACCAGAAAAUUCUGCCAAAGGAAUGGCCUGGAGGCUGUGAUCCGAAGCCACGAAGUCCGCAUGGACGGUUACGAGGUCCAGCAUGACGGAAAGUGCAUAACCGUUUUCUCGGCGCCCAAGUACUGUGACUCGACGGAAAACCGCGGAGCGUACAUAAAUAUCAAAUCAGACUACAAGCUGCGAUACGAGCAAUUUGAUGCUGUUCCUCAUCCGAACAUCAAGCCCAUGGCAUAUGCCCAAAACUCUCUCAUGUCAUCUUUAAUGUAG